CACAGAUUUUUGGAUAAGUGGGAGAUGGGGGUCAAUUCUGAGUCAGAGCUCACAGACACCAUAGCGCCCCCUGCUGACAGUACAGGGCCUACUUCAGACAGAUCACAUCUCAGCCAGAACGCAUCUGAGCCCCACAGCCUUCCGGCCACCUCCACUGCUCCUGCUGUGUCAUCAAGCUCACCUCCUGCAGCCACCUCCACUGCUCCUGCUGUGUCAUCAAGUUCACCUCCUGCAGCCACCUCCACUGCUCCUGCUGUGUCAUCAAGCGCACCUCCUGCAGCCACCUCCACUGCUCCUGCUGUGUCAUCAAGCGCACCUCCUGCAGCCACCUCCACUGCUCCUGCUAUGUCAUCAAGCGCACCUUCUGCAGCCAACUCCACUACUCCUGCUGUGUCAUCAAGCGCACCUCCUGCAGCAGGUGAUGUGGAUAUGACUCCCGAAGACUCGGGAAACACCACCAUCUCUCACCAGCUGUCCCAGAAGACUCCCCACGUACCUCAGUCUAAAGAUAUAUCAAGCAUCACUGUCAAGCAAAGUCUCUCUGCGGAGAAAUCCUCCAACACACUGAAACCUCAGAAGGAGGAUGUCUGCAAACAGGAAGUCCGACCGAUAUCUGCAGCUGUGACGGACAUUAAGGCCAUUUCAACUGAAUCAAAGACCAGAGAGUUGUUCUUAAAAUGUUAUCGGCUCUUCACUCUGAAUCCAAACACGGCACACAAGAAGCUCUAUUUGAUGGAGAACAACAGGAAGGUGGAAUGGAGUGACCAAGACCAGCCAUAUCCACAUAACCCACGAAGAUUUGUUGAGAAAUGUUUCCAGGUGCUGUGUUGGGAGAGCAUUUCCGAACGCCGCUACUUUGAGGUUGAGUGGAGUGGAAGUGUUUGUAUAUCACUCUCAUUUGACAACCAACACUGGAAAAAACGGGUUGAUGUUAUGUUUGGAUCAAAUAUUCUGUCCUGGGCGCUGAAACUCUCCCGCACUAGCUGUUGUGUCUAUCACAAUGAUGAGAAGAUCAAAGUUCCUCAAGUGACGAGCUCCAGAAUAGGAGUGUGUGUGGACUACAGGGCUGGCACUCUGGCCUUCUAUAGUGUCACUGACACGGUCACCCUCAUCUGGAAAGUCCAGACCAAAUUCAGUUAUCCACUCUUUCCUGGAUUUGGUUUAGGUCAGGGAUCAUCAGUGAAGCUCCUGUGAUUCCCAUUAUAGUGCUGAAAUCCGCAAAUUUCUGUACGAACCCGGCCCGCAUCCGACAGAGUUGCGUCCAAACCCGACAGGCAUUUUAAUUUUUAUGUUCGAACCUGACCCGAGCUCAACGCAGAUGA